CUCUACACCAUGUCCAUAGCUGAAGCCUCAGCUUGCAGGUUGCAGCCGAUGAGAAUAGAGCGUGAUCUCCACAUGGCCACAGGGGACGGAGAAACUAGCUACACGAAAAAUUCUAGGAUUCAAGAGAAAACUAUGUUUCAGAUCAAGCCUGUCCUUGAGGAGGCCACAAGAGCAGUAUACACAGCUCUCCACCCUCAAACCAUGGUUGUUGCUGACUUAGGCUGCUCAUCUGGGCCUAACACAUUACGCUUCGUAUCCGAGGUGAUUGGCAUCAUAGCUCGCCAUUGCAAAGAACAUGGCCGACAACAUGACCACCCACAGCUUCAGUUCUUCCUGAAUGACCUGCCCGGAAACGACUUCAACAAUCUCUUCCAGCUGAUCCAGCAGUUCAAUAAGCUGACGGCAAUAAACCACAAGAGUGAGGCAGCCGAGGCACUGCCUCCUCCGUGCUAUAUCUCUGGGUUGCCUGGCUCCUACUAUACUAGGAUCUUCCCUAGCGAUAGUGUUCACCUUUUCCAUUCUUUGUUCUGCCUUCAGUGGCGCUCUGAGGCACCAGAGGGCAACAAAAAAACAUGCCUAGAUAUCUACAUCACAAAGACUAUGUCACCGUCGAUGGUGAAGUUGUUUCAACAACAGUUUCAGAAGGAUUUCUCCCUCUUCCUCAGGCUACGCUACGAGGAACUCGUGUCCGGUGGCCAAAUGGUUCUAACAUUUAUUGGAAGGAAGCAUGAGAAUGUGUUCACUGGAGAGUCUAACCAUCUUUACGGAUUGCUUGCGCAGUCACUGAAAUCCCUAGUUGAUGAGGGUCUUGUGGAGAAGGAAAAACUUGAAUCAUUCUAUUUACCAAUGUAUUCACCAUCGGUUGGUGAAGUGGAGGCCAUACUAAAGCAAGUUGGGUUGUUCAACAUGAAUCAUGUAAAAGUAUUCCAGACAAAUUGGGAUCCCUACGAUGACUUGGAAAGUGAUGUUGUGCAUAACAGUAUUAGGAGCGGUGAAAAUGUUGCUAAGUGCCUACGAGCAGUUAUGCAGCCGCUAGUCGCAAGCCAAUUUGGAGAACCCAUUCUCGAUAAGUUAUUCAAAGAGUACGCUCGCCGUGUUGCCAAACACCUUGAGAAUGAGAAAACCAAGCAUGCUAUUAUUGUCCUAUCCAUCGAGAAAGCAAUUCACCUGUGAAGUGUAUUGUUUCUCACUAUCUCGCUUGGCAUGCUACUAUUUGUGUAGAAAACUUUGUAUGUAUGUUUUUUUGUGUGUUUGUGUCACUAGUGUAUUGAAUUACAUAUGGUGUUUUUGUUGUUUUAUUUAUCACUUCUCCUGUAUUCCUAUAUUUUAUAUGUCUAAGUUUUUAAGGUGAUUUCAUGCAACCCUUGUACAAGCAAUUGAUACAAAUAAAUUGCACCUUUUAUGAUCUA